GAAGAUCGACCAGUGUGAUGCGCAGUCCCUGUCUAAUCUGGUCUGGGCUUUCGCUACAGCGGUGCUCCAGCCUGGAACUCUCAUCACUGCAAUUUCACAAUGCUCGCUUGCCAAGCUCCACACCUUUGAUCCGCAAGAGCUGGCCAACACGGUUUGGGCCCUUACCAGGUUGUUGGCUGUGGACCGGCCCUUAUGCGAUGCCAUUUCGGCGGCUGCGAUGGCUGGUUUGGAAGGCUUCGCCUCUCAGAAUCUCACCAACACCGCCUGGGCCUUCGCCUCUUUGGGAUUUCGGAGCAAGGCGCUCAUGGAGGCCAUCUCCCAGGCUGCGCUGAAGACCUGUGGGCAGAUGAUUCCCCAAGAG